AUGUAUUUCACAUUUUUAGAACUUCAAACUGAUGAAGAUGGCAAUCCAAUUUGCUUACUUUGCGAUGAAAAAUUAAGCUCUGAACAUGAUUGGAUUGAACAUAUCGAAUUGGAAAAAUCAAAACUUAUCAAAAAUAUCGCUAGUUUGAAAGAUUAUAAAUUAUCAUCUGAUAAUUUAUUACUAUCACCAAUAUCUGAACAAUGUCGACGAAAACGUGAAUACGAAUUACUACGUAUUCGAUCGAAUCAACAAAAAAGGCUUGGAUUGAAAAAUCGUGGAUGUCGUAAAGAUUCAAACAGUCAAUUAAAUCGUCCAACAAAUAGUAGUAAUACAUGUUCAAUGAUAAUGCCUCAAGCAAUAACUGAUAGAAGUGGAAGUAUGAAAAGAAAUGAAUAUGAUGAGCAACUUCCCGGGAAUAGUAAUUUCUGUCGAUUUUGUGAGCGUCAUCAUGAAUAUUUAAUUAUCAGUAGCAGCUUUGAUCAUCCUCGAUGUAAUGAUUGCUUCUUAAAAUUACGCGCACAAACUGGUGUACUGCCACUUUCUAUAACUUCACCGGUAGAUUGUUGUAGUCCAAGCGGUUUAAGCGAUGGUACUUCCGGAAAAGCUUCAUCACCACAUUCACCAUUAUCAUUAGUUGUUGAACAGAAACGUUCAAGGACCGAAUAA